UACUUCCGACUUUUUUCACAGGGUGGAUAACAAAAAUCCUAAAAAAAACAUCCUAUUUAUCAGCUCAUCUCCCAUCAUCUCUCCUCAACCCAAACAAUACCCUCCAAAACCUCUCUCUCUUCUCCUUUCUCCUCCACCCAAAACCAAUUCCAAUGGCGGAGCUCCUCCGCUUCGCCGUACACGUCAUCAAAGGCCGGUGGUUCAGCGUCUUCGCCUCCUUCCUCAUCAUGUUCGGCGCCGGCGCGACUUACCUCUUCGGCGUCUACUCAAAGCAGAUAAAAUCCUCCCUCGGCUACGACCAAAAGACCCUCAACCUCAUCGGCUUCUUCAAGGACCUCGGCGCCAACGUCGGCGUCCUCUCCGGCCUCAUCGCCGAGGUCACCCCCACCUGGUUCGUCCUCCUCAUCGGCUCCGCCAUGAACUUCGCCGGCUACUUCAUGAUCUGGCUCGCCGUCACCGGCAAGAUCGCCAAGCCCAAGGUCUGGCAAAUGUGCCUCUACAUCUGCAUCGGUGCCAACUCCCAGAACUUCGCCAACACCGGCGCUCUCGUCACCUGCGUCAAGAACUUUCCCGAGAGCCGCGGCGUCGUUCUCGGCCUCCUCAAGGGCUUCGUCGGCCUCAGCGGCGCCGUCAUGACGCAGCUCUACUUGGCCAUUUACGGCGACGAUUCCAAGUCUCUGAUUCUCCUCAUCGCCUGGCUCCCGGCGGCUUUAUCUGUCGUUUUCGUCUACACCAUUCGGACGAUGAAGCCCGAUCAUCCGAGCAAGCAAAAGAACGAGCUUAAAGUCUUUUACCAUUUCCUCUACGUUUCGAUUUUUCUGGCCUUGUUUCUCAUGGUCAUGAACAUAGUCCAGAAAAAGGUCGUCUUCUCUCGCGCGGCUUACGCCGGGUGUGCCACUGUCGUGUGUGUUCUGAUCUUCGUCCCUCUUCUCAUCGCCAUUAAAGAAGAGCUUGUCAUAUGGAACAAUCUAAACAAUCAGCACUCUGUGGAAGACCCUCCUAGUCAUGAAGUUACGCAAAAACAGGAGGAGAUUGUCACAAAGAAAGUGGAUAUUGAUGAUCAAAAAGAGAAGCAAAAGUCAUGUUUUUUGACCGCUUUCGACCCGCCUCCAAGAGGAGAGGACUACACCAUUUUACAAGCUUUACUGAGCUUAGACAUGAUGAUUCUCUUCCUCGCAACUCUCUGCGGUCUCGGAUCGAGCCUGACCGCAGUCGACAAUCUGGGCCAAAUCGGCGAGUCUCUGGGAUACCCGGCGAGAACUGUGAGCUCAUUUGUUUCCCUAGUCAGCAUAUGGAACUACUUCGGGAGAGUCUUUUCCGGGUUCGUCUCGGAAGGUCUUAUGGUCAAGUGGAAAGUCCCUCGUCCUCUGAUGAUGACUUUCGUUCUUCUUCUGUCCUGCGCUGGUCACCUUCUGAUUGCCUUUCCAAUACCAGGUUCUGUCUACAUAGCUUCUGUUAUUAUCGGAUUCUCUUUUGGUGCACAAUUGCCUUUGCUCUUCGCAAUCAUUUCCGAGCUUUUCGGGCUAAAGUACUACUCAACGUUGUUCAAUUGCGGCCAACUGGCGAGUCCUUUAGGCUCUUACAUACUAAACGUCAGGGUCGCUGGUAUGCUUUAUGACAGAGAGGCGUUGAAGGAGUUGGCGCAGAAAGGGUUGGAUAGGAAAUCUGUGAAGGAGCUUAUUUGUAUUGGGAAAAACUGUUAUAGGGUCUCGUUUACGAUUUUGGCUUGUGUCACCUUCUUUGGAGCUCUCGUGUCGCUUAUUUUGGUGGUGAGAACGAGGGAGUUUUACAGAGGUGAUAUAUACAAGAAGUUCAGAGAAGAGAGGGAAGCUGAGGAGAAGGAUUUGGCUUUAUCUUCUCCUAAUGGGAGGUAGAUUAAUUAGUCGCUCAAUUAUAGUGAGAAUUCAAUUAGAUUAGAAGA